AUGACACACGAACUAAUAGACUCUACUUCAAAAGCAAGUAAUGAUGCAGCAACAGACGACAGAACAAUACGACGCUCGCAACUGAUCCAAAACACCGCUCAAGGAUCGUCAGCGAAUAAUGCUGUCUUUGUAGAAUUUCAUGGUCUUUCUUAUCGUAUUCCUGAAAAGUCUCAAGAUGUAAGGCCAUGGUGGAGAACAUUUCAGACAAAGAAGACAAAAUACCAGUCGUCAGAUGUGGAAAAAUCUGAACUUCACUACAAAACUAUUAUCGAAAAUAUUCAUGGAUGUGCUAAUCCAAGUCUCAUGGCUAUCAUGGGUCAAUCGGGGAGUGGUAAGACGACAUUAUUGAACAUCCUUGCCGGACGAGUGACAAAAGGUGUUACCGGAAGUAUAACAAUUAACGGGGAAAAGCCUACAAAGAAUUCCAAGCGCUUUAUAGCGUACUGUACGCAAGAUGAUACCUUUUACCCAUUACUAACCGUGAGAGAAUCGCUAACAUAUACAGCAUUGUUACGAUUACCGAGAUCGAUGACCAAAGCUGAGAAACUGCAACAGGUGGAAAACGUCAUUCAGCUACUUCACCUAACAAAAUGUGCAGACACAAUAAUUGGUAGCGAUCACAUACGCGGCAUCUCCGGAGGAGAGAGAAAAAGAGUAAGCAUAGCAGCCGAAUUGCUGACGGAUCCCAGCGUAAUACUACUCGACGAACCAACGUCAGGAUUAGAUUCGUCGCUUGCGUUCGAAUUGGUAAAAAUCUUAAAGGAAUUUACUGUCAAGCGUGGAAAGACAAUAAUAAUGGUCAUUCAUCAGCCAUCGUCACAAGUGUUUGAAAUGUUUGACAAGUUAUUACUUAUGUCAGAUGGGAAAAUGGUAUACUUUGGAGAUAGAGCUGAUGUUGUGCCAUACUUUGCUGGCGUCGGGUACAAGUGUAGAGAAAACUUUAAUCCCGCUGAUCAUAUACUGGAAUUACUAAACGAAAAGGAAUCCAAGGAACGUCUUAUCGAUGCAUAUGCAUCGCGAGUAUCCGAUGAUCCAACGGGCAAGCAAAUAGUUCAUCGACAUAGUCGACUCGUCGAAAAUCAAGACAAGGCUCAAAUAUUCAAACCAAUCAAAGUCGAACAUCGUUGGGAAGCGACGUUCAAACAGCAGGUUUUGAUUCUUACUCACCGUGCGUUCAAACAACGACGGCCGGUCAUGUUAUCGCGAUUGCAUGGAAUUGAGACCAUCAUCCUUACGACUAUUUCGUGUUUGAUUUGGUUCAGGCUGAGUAUGGACGAGACGUCCAUCAAUGAUAGGAGAGGAUUGAUAUUCUUCAGUUGUAUCUUUUGGUCGUUUACACCGUUGAUUACUGCAGUUACAUCAUUCCCUUUGGAUCGUAGUCUGCUCAACAAAGAGCGUCAAUCACGAUCAUAUCGUCUAUCAUCCUACUUUAUUGCCAAACAAAUAGCUGAAUUCCCACUUGUGCUGGUUGCGCCUCUGUUCUAUACGUUAUUGGUAUACUGGAUUGGCAACUUGGUGGAUGACUUUGGUAGAUUCGUUGCACAUAUGGCUAUCACAAUGAUAACUGUGCUCACUGCACAAGGCUUUGGAUACUUCUUUGGUGCAGUACUAAUGGAUAUGCAGCAGAGCAUGACUGCGAGUACAGUGUUUAUGUUAUCGACCAUGUUGUUGGCCGGAUUUUAUGCAACAAACAUUCCGUAUUGGAUAGAAUGGACAUCAUAUAUCUCAUUCUCCCGUUAUUCAUUCCGCUUGCUUAUGCAAAAUCAGUUUCUCGCCGGAUCGUUCCGGUUGGAAUGCGUCAGUGGGAUUCGCAGUGAACUCGCACAAUGUGCAAACGGUGCGGAUUUUGUAUCGGGUGAGGAAGUGUUGGAACAUUUAAAGUUGAAUGAUACAAAGUGGUAUAUCAACUUAAUUUCGGUGUUUGCUUACUUUGUGGGAAUUCGUUUAUUGGCAUACUUUGCUUUGCGCAAUUAUGGAAAAAAGAAAACGAGGUAG